AUGCCGUACAUGCUAAUAUCGACACAAAUUCGUCUGCAAACUGGACCAACUUUUGUUGGAGAUGGAGACAGUGACAAGUAUUUGAUGGAAAGGUUACAAGCGAGACCAUCUCAACAGCUCGGGAACGAGUUUGUGGCAAGUUGCAUGGAAUACAUAACACCGCUAAGUCCCCGAUUAGUUUUGGAUCUUCUGGAAAAAGAAGGAUGGAAAGUGGUGGGCAUGGCGGGUAUAGGGCAAACAUGUGCAUGGACUUUGUAUAGGAAUCAGUAG